CUCCCCAUCCUGGGCUGCAGGCUGUGCAUGUGGGGCACGAUGAUGCCUGCCAGGGUGCUGGGGCUGCUCCUCAGUUUGCAGCUCUGCAUGGGCAGCGAGGAGCUGCGGCUGGUGGAUGGCGGUGGGCGCUGUGCCGGUCGGGUGGAGGUGAAGCACAAGGGCACGUGGGGCUCUGUCUGCAGCUACGACUUCCAGUGGAAUAUGAAAGCAGGCAGUGUGGUGUGUCGUCAGCUGGGCUGUGGCACGGUGGCCCACGCAUCCCCAUAUGCCCCAUUCGGGCAAGGCAAGGGACGCAUCUGGCUUCAUCCGCGCUACUGCCGUGGCACUGAGACCAAGCUGGAGAACUGCUCUCACUAUGGCUGGGGGAAAUACUUCUGUGGCCAUGAGUGGGACGCUGGGGUGAUCUGCUCAGAGGCACUGGAGCUGCGGCUGGUGGACGGUGGAGGACCCUGUGAGGGGAGAGUGAAGGUGAAGCUUCGGGGACGCUGGGGAACGGUGUAUGAUGAUGCCUGGGACAUGGAUGAUGCUGAGGUGGUGUGCCAGCAACUGGGCUGCGGCUCAGCUGCGCACACCAAGGUUACCUCACAAUUAUCUCAAGACCACAGUACCAUAAUGUUGGCCUAUGUCAAAUGCAAUGGGAAUGAGAAGGCCAUCUGGGAUUGCAACAUUAAGCGUUGGGGUCCCUACAGUUUGCGUCGUGAUUAUAACAUCUCUGUGGUCUGCCAAGGGUUCUCCCGGCUGGCUGGAGGGGACAGUGAAUGCUCAGGGAGGCUGGAGGUGCGGCAGGGCCGGGCAUGGGUCAGCAUCUGUCACGGCCACGUGGACCUCAUGGCCACUCAGGUCGUCUGUGGAGAGCUGGGCUGCGGUACAGCACUGGCCCUACAGGAGGCAGGGCAUUUUGGGACAGCAGAGGAGCCAUUCUGGGAUGGUGCCUUCAAUUGCAACGGCACCGAGCCCCUCCUGUCCAAUUGCACAAAGCUGCCUCCGCACAUCCAGAACUGCACCCAACCUGCUGCCAUCAUUUGCUCCUCCUACACUGGGUUCCGGCUGGCGGAUGGAGGCUCGGUCUGCACUGGGAGGGUAGAGGUGGAGGCACAAGGGGUGUGGGGACCCCUGUGUGCCACUGCCUGGGACCUGCCCGAUGCCCACGUCCUCUGCCACCACCUGGGCUGUGGCUCUGCUGUCUCCUUGCCCCCGCCAGGCCAUUUUGGGGUGGGUAUGGGGACACUGCGGCGUGAUGCCUUCAACUGCAGUGGGAGCGAGCGGCAUCCAGGCGAGUGCCCUGUGGAGGUACUGGGGCAGCCCGCCUGCCCCCCUGGGCACACUGCUGCCGUCAACUGCUCAGGUGUCACUGAGGCCCUGAGGCUCCACGGUGGGGAAAGCCGUUGCGACGGACAGCUGGAGGUGGCCGUGCGCCCCGGUGUCUGGGCCCGUGUGUCUGUGGGGCUGUGGGACAAUGGCACUGCCACCGUGGCGUGCCGGCAGCUGGGCUGCGGUGUGCCUGAGAAAAUCUAUGCAGCGCCGGCCAAUGGCUCGGGCCCCAUGGAGCUGCAGGAGCUGCGCUGUGUGGGCACCGAGGAGCUCCUGGCACAGUGUAACAUUUCAGGGAUGGCCACAGAGCUCAGCAAGAGCCCUGAGGAUUUGGCCAUUGCCUGCUCAGGAAGCAAGCAGCUGAGGCUGGUAGGCGGCCCGGGGCGCUGUGCCGGCAGGGUGGAGGUGUACAGCGAGGGCACGUGGGGCACCGUCUGCCAGGACACCUGGACCCUGCAGGAUGCCACCGUCGUCUGUCGCCAGCUGGGCUGCGGAUGGGCCCUGGAGGCACCUGGCUCCGAGCGCUUUGGGCCUGGCACUGGGACGCUGUGGCCAGGUGCCAGGGGCUGCUCUGGCACAGAGGAUGCUCUGUGGCACUGCGCAGCCAAAGUGCAGCGUGGCUGCCAGAUUGGAGGUGGAGCGGGCGCUGUGUGCUCAGGGCUGCUGGACCUGCGGCUGACGGGAAGGAGCAGCAGAUGCAGUGGACACCUGGAGGUGCUGCAUGAGGGGACAUGGGGUCCUGUUUGUGCCAACGGCACCAGCCUCGCCACAGCCACUGCCGUCUGCCGCCAGCUGGGAUGUGGCACUGAGGGAAUUCUGGCAGCCAUCGCUGCAGAGGGCUUCGAACCCGCCUGGCUGAGCUGGGUGAGUUGUGAGGAGGGAGCCCGCUCACUCUGGCGCUGCCCCUCAGCGCCCUGGCAGCUGCAGGAAUGUGACACCACUGGGAUCACCUACAUCUCCUGUGACGAGGACACCAGGGACAGCAGUGAGGUUACCAGCCCAGCCCCAGGUACUCUCACCCACAGCGCCGUCCCGCUGACUGCAGCGCCAAGCAGGGUGUCAGCACUCACGGUGCUGUGCGUGGUCCUGGGGACGCUGCUGUGCCUGGCCCUGGCAGUUCUGGCACACCGCACACGGGCCCAGAGCCAAGGUCCCAGCAAGGAUGCUGCCUCUGAGGUUGUGUAUGAGGAGCUGGACUACAGCCUGAUGCCUGAUUACCAGGAGGUGCCCAGCCACACAGGCUCCCUGUCCCUGGGCUCAGGGAAAAAGGUGUCGGAACCCAGUGGGGAUGGUGCAGAGGAGAGCAACCUCCAGGUGUCCUCAGACCCCCUUGCUGAGCCCCAUCACAGCCCCUCACAUGGCUACGAUGAUGCUAUGGCUGUGCUGGAGGUGUCCGUCUCUCCCCACCUCGGGGACAAUCCAGCACAACCACCCGAGGACACAGGAUAUGACGACGUUGGUGUCAGCACCCUGGGGACAUCGCUCAGGGGCUGCCUAUAUCUCCCCCUCCCCAUCCUGGGCUGCAGGCUGUGCAUGUGGGGCACGAUGAUGCCUGCCAGGGUGCUGGGGCUGCUCCUCAGUUUGCAGCUCUGCAUGGGCAGCGAGGAGCUGCGGCUGGUGGAUGGCGGUGGGCGCUGUGCCGGUCGGGUGGAGGUGAAGCAUGAAGGCGAAUGGGGAUCCGUCUGCAGCUAUGACUUCGACUGGGACAUAAAAGGGGCCAGUGUGGUGUGUCGUCAGCUGGGCUGUGGCACGGUGGCCCACGCAUCCCCAUAUGCCCCAUUCGGGCAAGGCAAGGGACGCAUCUGGCUUCAUCCCUUUUUCUGCCGCGGCACUGAGACCAAGCUGGAGAACUGCCCCCACUUUGGCUGGGGGAACCACUUCUGUGGCCAUGAGUGGGACGUUGGGGUGAUCUGCUCAGAGGCACUGGAGCUGCGGCUGGCGGACGGUGGAGGACCCUGUGAGGGGAGAGUGGAGGUGAAGCUUCGGGGACGCUGGGGCACAGUGACAGAUGAUGCCUGGGACAUGGAUGAUGCUGAGGUGGUGUGCCAGCAACUGGGCUGCGGCUCGGCUGCUGGCGCCUACUUUGCCUCACGAUUUCGGUCAGUAGAUGGCCCCAUCAUGAUGGCCUUUAUUGACUGCCGUGGAGAUGAGGCUGCCCUGUGGAAUUGUAACAUUCAGGGCUGGGGUCCCUACAAUGGUCCUCAUGAUUAUGACAUUGCUGUGGUCUGCCAAGGGUUCUCCCGGCUGGCCGGAGGGGAAAGUGAGUGCUCAGGGAGACUGGAGGUGCGGCAGGGCCAGGCCUGGGUCAGCAUCUGUCACGGCCAUGUGGACCUCAUGGCCGCCCACGUCGUCUGCAGAGAGCUGGGCUGUGGUACAGCACUGGCUCUAUAUGGGACUGAGCAAUUUGGUGCAGCAGAGGGGCCAUUCUGGCAUGGUGCCUUUGAGUGCAACGGCACUGAGCCCCUCCUGUCUGCUUGCACACAGCGGCCUCCGCACAUCCAGACCUGCAUCCAAACCACAGCCAUCAUCUGCUCCUACUACACCGGGUUACGGCUUGUGGACGGCGGCUCAGCCUGCACCGGGCGGGUGGAGGUGGAGGCACAAGGAGUGUGGGGACCCCUGUGUGCCACUGCCUGGGACCUGCCCGAUGCCCACGUCCUCUGCCACCACCUGGGCUGUGGCUCUGCUGUCUCCUUGCCCCCGCCAGGCCAUUUUGGGAUGGGUAUGGGGACACUGCGGCGUGAUGCCUUCAACUGCAGUGGGAGCGAGCGGCAUCCAGGCGAGUGCCCUGUGGAGGUACUGGGGCAGCCCGCCUGCCCCCCUGGGCACACUGCUGCCGUCAACUGCUCAGGUGUCACUGAGCCCCUGAGGCUCCACGGUGGGGAAAGCCGUUGCGACGGACAGCUGGAGGUGGCCGUGCGCCCCGGUGUCUGGGCCCGUGUGUCUGUGGGGCUGUGGGACAAUGGCACUGCCACCGUGGCGUGCCGGCAGCUGGGCUGCGGUGUGCCUGAGAAAAUCUAUGCAGCGCCGGCCAAUGGCUCGGGCCCCGUGGAGCUGCAGGAGCUGCGCUGUGUGGGCACCGAGGAGCUCCUGGCACAGUGUAACAUCUCAGGGAUGGCCACAGAGCUCAGCAAGAGCCUUGAGGAUUUGGCCAUUGCCUGCUCAGGAAGCAAGCAGCUGAGGCUGGUAGGCGGCCCGGGGCGCUGUGCUGGCAGGGUGGAGGUGUACAGCGAGGGCACGUGGGGCACCGUCUGCCAGGACACCUGGACCCUGCAGGAUGCCACCGUCGUCUGUCGCCAGCUGGGCUGCGGAUGGGCCCUGGAGGCACCUGGCUCCGAGCGCUUUGGGCCUGGCACUGGGACGCUGUGGCCAGGUACCGGGGGCUGCUCUGGCACAGAGGAUGCUCUGUGGCACUGCGCAGCCAAAGUGCAGCGUGGCUGCCAGAUUGGAGGUGGAGCGGGCGCUGUGUGCUCAGGGCUGCUGGACCUGCGGCUGAGGGGAAGGAGCAGCAGAUGCAGUGGAUACCUGGAGGUGCUGCAUGAGGGGACGUGGGGUCCUGUUUGUGCCAAUGGCACCAGCCUCGCCACGGCCACUGCCGUCUGCCGCCAGCUGGGAUGUGGCACUAAGGGGGAGCUGGAAGAUCCAGUCUCUGCAGAGGGCUUGGAACCCGCCUGGCUGAGCUGGGUGAGUUGUGAGGAGGGAGCCCGCUCGCUCUGGCGCUGCCCUUCAACGCCCUGGCAGCUGCAGGAAUGUGACACCACUGGGAUCACCUACAUCUCCUGUGACGAGGACAGCAGGGACAGCAGUGAGGCUACCAGCCCAGCCCCAGCUCUCACCCACAGCGCCGUCCCGCUGACUGCAGCGCCAAGCAGGGUGUCAGCACUCACAGUGCUGUGCGUGGUCCUGGGGACGCUGCUGUGCCUGGCCCUGGCCGCCCUGGCAGUUCUGGCACACCGCACACGGGCCCAGAGCCAAGGCCCCAGCAAGGAUGCUGCCUCUGAGGUUGUGUAUGAGGAGCUGGACUACAGCCUGAUGCCUGAUUACCAGGAGGUGCCCAGCCACACAGGCUCCCUGUCCCUGGGCUCAGGGAAAAAGGUGUCGGAACCCAGUGGGGAUGGUGCAGAGGAGAGCAACCUCCAGGUGUCCUCAGACCCCCUUGCUGAGCCCCAUCACAGCCCCUCACAUGGCUACGAUGAUGCUAUGGCUGUGCUGGAGGUGUCCGUCUCUCCCCACCUCGGGGACAAUCCAGCACAACCACCCGAGGACACAGGAUAUGACGACGCAGUGAGCCCCGUGGUGGAGCUGCGUGACGCCAGAAGCGGAGACAAGUCUCAUAUUUGGGCACGAAGCAGGUUAUUGGAGGCUGGGACCCAGCAGGCGGCUGAUAACCCUGCUGAUAACGGCUCCCACCGCACCUCGCCAUCCCCAUUGGCUCCUGCCAGCAGGGGCUGCCUAUAUCUCCCCCUCCCCAUCCUGGGCUGCAGGCUGUGCACGUGGGGCACGAUGAUGCCUGCCAGGGUGCUGGGGCUGCUCCUCAGUUUGCAGCUCUGCAUGGGCAGCGAGGAGCUGCGGCUGGUGGAUGGCGGUGGGCGCUGUGCCGGUCGGGUGGAGGUGAAGCAUGAAGGCGAAUGGGGAUCCGUCUGCAGCUAUGACUUCGACUGGGACAUAAAAGGGGCCAGUGUGGUGUGUCGUCAGCUGGGCUGUGGCACGGUGGCCCACGCAUCCCCAUAUGCCCCAUUCGGGCAAGGCAAGGGACGCAUCUGGCUUCAUCCCUUUUUCUGCCGUGGCACUGAGACCAAGCUGGAGAACUGCCCCCACUUUGGCUGGGGGAACCACUUCUGUGGCCAUGAGUGGGACGUUGGGGUGAUCUGCUCAGAGGCACUGGAGCUGCGGCUGGCGGACGGUGGAGGACCCUGUGAGGGGAGAGUGGAGGUGAAGCUUCGGGGACGCUGGGGCACAGUGACAGAUGAUGCCUGGGACAUGGAUGAUGCUGAGGUGGUGUGCCAGCAACUGGGCUGCGGCUCGGCUGCUGGCGCCUACUUUGCCUCACGAUUUCGGUCAGUAGAUGGCCCCAUCAUGAUGGCCUUUAUUGACUGCCGUGGAGAUGAGGCUGCUCUGUGGAAUUGUAACAUUCAGGGCUGGGGUCCCUACAAUGGUCCUCAUGAUUAUGACAUUGCUGUGGUCUGCCAAGGGUUCUCCCGGCUGGCCGGAGGCGAAAGUGAGUGCUCAGGAAGACUGGAGGUGCGGCAGGGCCAGGCCUGGGUCAGCAUCUGUCACGGCCAUGUGGACCUCAUGGCCGCCCACGUCGUCUGCAGAGAGCUGGGCUGUGGUACAGCACUGGCCCUAUAUGGGACUGAGCAAUUUGGUGCAGCUGAGGGGCCAUUCUGGCAUGGUGCCUUUGAGUGCAACGGCACUGAGCCCCUCCUGUCCGCUUGCACACAGCGGCCUCCGCACAUCCAGACCUGCAUCCAAACCACAGCCAUCAUCUGCUCCUACUACACCGGGUUACGGCUUGUGGACGGCGGCUCAGCAUGCACCGGGCGGGUGGAGGUGGAGGCACAAGGAGUGUGGGGACCCCUGUGUGCCACUGCCUGGGACCUGCCCGAUGCCCACGUCCUCUGCCACCACCUGGGCUGUGGCUCUGCUGUCUCCUUGCCCCCGCCAGGCCAUUUUGGGAUGGGUAUGGGGACACUGCGGCGUGAUGCCUUCAACUGCAGUGGGAGCGAGCGGCAUCCAGGCGAGUGCCCUGUGGAGGUACUGGGGCAGCCCGCCUGCCCCCCUGGGCACACUGCUGCCGUCAACUGCUCAGGUGUCACUGAGCCCCUGAGGCUCCACGGUGGGGAAAGCCGUUGCGACGGACAGCUGGAGGUGGCCGUGCGCCCCGGUGUCUGGGCCCGUGUGUCUGUGGGGCUGUGGGACAAUGGCACUGCCACCGUGGCGUGCCGGCAGCUGGGCUGCGGUGUGCCUGAGAAAAUCUAUGCAGCGCCGGCCAAUGGCUCGGGCCCCGUGGAGCUGCAGGAGCUGCGCUGUGUGGGCACCGAGGAGCUCCUGGCACAGUGUAACAUUUCAGGGAUGGCCACAGAGCUCAGCAAGAGCCCUGAGGAUUUGGCCAUUGCCUGCUCAGGAAGCAAGCAGCUGAGGCUGGUAGGCGGCCCGGGGCGCUGUGCCGGCAGGGUGGAGGUGUACAGCGAGGGCACGUGGGGCACCGUCUGCCAGGACACCUGGACCCUGCAGGAUGCCACCGUCGUCUGUCGCCAGCUGGGCUGCGGAUGGGCCCUGGAGGCACCUGGCUCCGAGCGCUUUGGGCCUGGCACUGGGACGCUGUGGCCAGGUGCCGGGGGCUGCUCUGGCACAGAGGAUGCUCUGUGGCACUGCGCAGCCAAAGUGCAGCGUGGCUGCCAGAUUGGAGGUGGAGCGGGCGCUGUGUGCUCAGGGCUGCUGGACCUGCGGCUGACGGGAAGGAGCAGCAGAUGCAGUGGACACCUGGAGGUGCUGCAUGAGGGGACGUGGGGUCCUGUUUGUGCCAACGACACCAGCCUCGCCACAGCCACUGCCGUCUGCCACCAGCUGGGAUGUGGCACUGAGGGAAUUCUGGCAGCCAUCGCUGCAGAGGGCUUGGAACUCGCCUGGCUGAGCUGGGUGAGUUGUGAGGAGGGAGCCCGCUCGCUCUGGCGCUGCCCCUCAGCGCCAUGGCAGCUGCAGGAAUGUGACACCACUGGGAUCACCUACAUCUCCUGUGACGAGGACACCAGGGACAGCAGUGAGGCUACCAGCCCAGCCCCAGCUCUCACCCACAGCGCCGUCCCGCUGACUGCAGCGCCAAGCAGGGUGUCAGCACUCACAGUGCUGUGCGUGGUCCUGGGGACGCUGCUGUGCCUGGCCCUGGCCGCCCUGGCAGUUCUGGCACACCGCACACGGGCCCAGAGCCAAGGCCCCAGCAAGGAUGCUGCCUCUGAGGUUGUGUAUGAGGAGCUGGACUACAGCCUGAUGCCUGAUUACCAGGAGGUGCCCAGCCACACAGGCUCCCUGUCCCUGGGCUCAGGGAAAAAGGUGUCGGAACCCAGUGGGGAUGGUGCAGAGGAGAGCAACCUCCAGGUGUCCUCAGACCCCCUUGCUGAGCCCCAUCACAGCCCCUCACAUGGCUACGAUGAUGCUAUGGCUGUGCUGGAGGUGUCCGUCUCUCCCCACCUCGGGGACAAUCCAGCACAACCACCCGAGGACACAGGAUAUGACGACGUUGGUGUCAGCACCCUGGGGACAUCGCUGUGA